AUGUUCCUGGAGGCCAUUAAGCGCCACGUGGGUGUGUGGAAACUGGAGAACAUGAGGGCCAAGCCGUAUUUCUAUUGGGAAGAAGAAGACAAGGAUCGCUAUUACUCCCCCUCUCAGGCGCUGAUCUGUGCCAUCAUGUACGGGCACCGCCGCUACGCCCAAUACCUUCUCAGCCACUACCCCCGGGACGCCCUGGCAACUCCAUGGAUGAAAGCCUCCCCUCUGCCCCGAGGUGCCCCCCACUUGGCGCUGGCCGUUGAAUACGACAGGAAGGAAAUCAUGAAUAUGAUCCUGGGCGCUGCCCAACACUUGGGCAUUCUUUCUUUUUACGUCAACCAGAAAAGCGGCUUUGGGUGGGAGGAGAGGACCGCGUUGCACCGAGCGACUGGCAUGGCCGACGCGGACGCCGUGCUGAUGCUUUUGGGCAAAGGGGCAGACCCUAAUAUUGAGGACUCGGGGGGAUUUACCCCCUUGGAUAUUGUAUUGGAGCAACUGGGGGAUUCAAGUGUCAACAUGGACGCCAAGAGGUUCUGCCUUCACUACCUCCUCCUCUUCUCCCCAGCGGUGCCAUUCAGAACCAAAGCCACCCUAAGGGGCAAUGAGGAAUACUGGGGCAACUUGCUAGGGUGGGAUGAGUACCGUUACCUGAUAGGGAAAGCCCCUCUGCCACUCAGUCUGUGCGCCAUGAAAACCGUCCUACGAUGUCUUGUUCCCUCCGACUUCCCACACAGCGUCCUAGCGCUUCCCAUUCCCCCGGCACUAAAGCCGGUGCCGGCCCAGUUGGACACAUGGGAACCCAAGGAGCCAUAA